UCUGCAAUACAAUGGAUACAGUUUGUCAUGGCUACUCUGAGUGUUAUAGGAUCAAGUUCACUUAUUGCCUAUUCUGUAUUCCAGAAUAUACAGAAAUCUCCAGAGAAAAGAUCGCUGUUUUAUCUGAGUGUCUCUGACUUGCUCCUGGGAAUCUGCUGGCUCGCCGAGGCACUUCUCUAUGGAACUGCAGGAGCCAAUAAAGAUGUCGUCUGCUAUAACCUGCAAGCAGUUGAACAGAUAUUCUACUUUUCCUCAAUUCUCUACACCAUCAAUUACAUCUGGUAUCUGUACACAGAGCUGAGGAUGAAACAUAACCAGAGUGGACAGAGCACACCUCCAUUGAUGAUGGAUUUUACAUGUCAAGUUGGUCAAAUAACCUUCGUUUUGUCAAGCCUGAUACCUCUGUUAUUGAUGACACCUGUGUUUUGUCUGGGUAAUGCCAGUGAAUGCUACCGCAACUUCAGUCAGAGCCACAGGUGUAUCCUCAGGCAUAUGCCACCACCAUCCAUGGCUGGAUUCCUGACUUCUGUCAAUACAUCUGUCUGCAGCGCACUGUAUUUUUAUGGCGUCACUAUUUUUUUGGCUAGCUUUCUACUCAGCCUCCUCAUCAUUACGGUCUUACUUGUCCAAGCUCGGACACUGUGUAAGAAGUUUGUGAAAUCAGCUGGGCUUCUGGGGAGUGAACAGUGGGCAGGGCUUCACACUGUGGAGCAGCGAGUGCACUUCUACCCGGUUGCCUUCUUCUGCUGCCGUGGCCCAGCUGUCAUUUUGAUGAUCAUCAGGCUGACCAAGCUAGAGUACACCAAGCUUCACAUGGCCCUCUAUGUUCUCCAGGCUCUAACAGCAUCCCAAGGUCUACUCAACUGUGGAGUAUAUGGCUGGACACAGCACAAGUUCUACCAACUGAAGCAGGAGGCCCGCCGUGAUGCAGACACCCAAACACCAUUAUUAAGCUCACAGAAGAGAAUCUAUAGUAGGGACCUAGAUCCAUUGGAAUCAACCCUUGCUUUGGCUUCCAGCACUUCCACUGUUCUUUGAAACUGUAGUACUGGAAUAUUCAGGAACUUGAAUUAUUCCUCUCCAAUGGAUUUGGAAGAACAUUGAGGAAGCAUAUCUUAGAACUUUCCUAACCAUGCCGAAAACUGUAGAGUUGAAAGAGGAUAGUUUCAUAGUUAAAUCUUUGGGGUGAACUGAGCAGUAUCUCUGCAGUCAUUCCCAAAUCCCUUAAUGAUUCUUCAUAUUCCUCUCUUGUGUCAUCAAUAGAUGCUCAGCCUCAAGUUUGCAGAAGUGGUAGGGAAAUGUGCAAGAACCUCCUCAGAUAUUGUCAUUGCUCUUACUUU